AUGCUUUCGGUCAAUAAAUCCCAAUUGCCGGAUAUUUCCUCACUUUCGAUCUCCUCGAUGUCGGAUUAUCACAACUUCGACUUCCCGGGAAAAGAUGCACAGCGUGAAGCUGUGCUAGACUUGAUCGAUCAGCAAGGGUUCAUUCCAGACGACGUGGUCGAGCACGAGGUCGAGUGGCUCUACGACGCGCUGGGGAUCGACGAUCUGUUCUUCUCAAAAGAAUCUCCAGAAAUGAUCGCCAACAUCAUCCACACACUGUAUGCGGCAAAAAUAGAAUCAUUUGCGCGAAUCAACAUUGCUGGAGACACCUCUGACGAAUCUGCGACGCCGCUUGCUGCUGCUGAAGCUGCCGUUGCGGCCGCUGCCGUGACAGAGGCCAAGCCAACGGGAUUUUCCGUCAAGACGCAAGUCGUCACAGAUGGCCAUUCGGUUUUUAUGGAGACUGGCCAUGAGCUAGACGAGCAAAUCGAUUCCAUGCUUCUCGACAGCCCUGACCAUCGUUAUCGACUAAUAUCGUAUACGGCCGAAAACGCUUUGAAGCUUACAUUUGUUUAUCGCACAGCAUUUGCGCAAGGUUCCCCUGCAUAUCCCACGUUGACUUCGGAACAGUUGUCGAAUGGUGAUAUCGACAGCAUCAGCGAUGUGACCAUGUCGCAAGUGACCUCCAACGAAAACAAGAGACUGUACGGACUGAUUAUGGAUCAAAUGCGCCAGCGAGAAGGUCCCAUCAUCAAGACAAUGCACUCCGUAGCAGACCAAGAUGAAGUGCGUAUCGUCAUAGGAUUUAAGCGCGGAACUACCAAGAGCUACUACACUGCACUUUCGUCGCUAUUACAAUACUAUGACCUCAAACCGUCAAAAAUCUACUUGGAAACAUUCGCCAACGAUGUCAUGAUCUACUCGUUGUACUUGAAGCAAUCUCAGCAGACAGAGAAGGUUUUAAAUAGCUUACCAAUGUCGAUUUUACAAAUCGAAAGAGAGGCUUCCUUACUUUACGCCAUCCCAAGCAACUUCUUCCAAGAUCUGUACCAGCAAAAGAGUUUCUCCCCACAAGAAGCUAUAUAUGCUCAUAUUGGUUCCAUCUUCAUCAACAAUUUCAUCAACAGAUUGGGUGAAGAGUAUCAAGAUUUGAUUGGCCAAGUGAACACUUCGUUUUCAUCAAACAAUAACUCAAUGCUAGAAGUUUUGGCUAGUCUCAAGAAGAAAUUGAGAAACGAAACCUAUACGCAGCAAAUGAUUAUCGAAGUCUUGCACAAGUAUAAGGAUAUUGUUUCAAAACUCUACAAAAACUUCGCCCAAGUUCACUAUGUCUCUUCCAUGUCAACGAAGUUUGGCAAGACUCUCUCAUACCAACGAUUGUCCAAGCUAGAGCCUUUUGAGGACGAUAAUGAAUUUGAACAAUACGUUAACAAAUUCAUUCCAAAUGAUUCUCCAGAUAUGCUGAUUCUUCAAACUCUUGCUACUUUCAACAAGGCGAUUUUAAAAACAAAUUUCUUCAUGACCAGGAAAGUCGCGAUUUCUUUCAGGCUGGAUCCUGCUUUGAUUAUGCCUAAAGUAGAGUUCCCAGAAACUCCUUUUGGAAUUUUCUUUGUUGUUGGAAAUACAUUCAAGGCUUUUCAUAUCCGUUUCCGCGACAUUGCUAGAGGUGGUAUUCGUAUCGUUUGUUCCAAGACUCAAGACAUUUAUGAAGUCAAUUCAAGAAUGGCUAUUGAUGAAAAUUAUCAGCUGGCUUCCACUCAGCAGAGAAAAAACAAAGACAUCCCCGAGGGAGGAUCAAAAGGUGUUAUCUUGUUGAAUCCUACUUUGACCACUCAACAGCAAACUUUUGUGGCCUUUUCUCAGUACGUCGAUGCCAUUAUUGAUAUCCUUAUUCAAGAUCCUUUGAAGGAGAAGUAUGUCGAUCUUUUGAAACAAGAAGAAAUUCUAUUUUUUGGUCCUGACGAGGGUACGGCCGGUUUCGUUAAUUGGGCGACAUCGCAUGCUAAAAGUAGGGGAUGUCCUUGGUGGAAAUCAUUUUUAACUGGAAAGUCACCAACUAUGGGAGGUAUUCCACAUGACGUAUAUGGAAUGACUUCCUUGAGUGUCCGCGCUUUCGUUAACGCUCUAUAUGAGACUCUAGGGCUGCAGGAGACGACGAUAAACAAAUUCCAAACUGGCGGACCUGAUGGCGAUUUAGGUUCAAACGAGAUUUUGCUGUCGUCAGUCAAUGAACGAUACAUUGGGCUUGUUGAUGGUUCUGGUGUGCUGUGCGAUCCAAAAGGUCUCGACCAAGAUGAACUCAGACGUUUAGCGGUAGAAAGGAAAAUGAGUUCGUUUUAUAACAAAUCAAAAUUGAGCAAUGAAGGGUUUUUUGUAUCCGUCGAUGAAAUCGAAGUUCAGCUGCCCAAUGGAGUAACAGUAGCGAACGGUACAACUUUCAGGAAUAAGUUCCAUCUCGAAAUAUUCAAGUUUGUUGAUAAGGUCGACUUAUUUGUGCCUUGCGGCGGCAGACCAAAUUCCAUCGAUAUCAACGUUUUAAAAUAUUUUGUUGAUGAAAAGACCAAUAAAUGCAAGAUUCCAUACAUUGUGGAAGGUGCAAAUUUGUUCAUCACACAGCCAGCCAAGAUUGCUUUGGAGAAUCUGGGUUGCGUUUUGUUCAAGGACGCCUCAACCAACAAAGGUGGUGUGACAUCGUCAUCUAUGGAAGUACUCGCCUCGUUGGCCUUGAAUGACCACGAUUUUAUUCAUGAAUUUGUCGCUAAAGAAUCGAACAAGACCACUGCCCUCUAUGAUAAUUAUGUGCAAAUCAUUCAAGACCGCGUUGUUAAAAAUGCCCGCGCUGAGUUUGCGCAACUGUGGCAAUUGAAUCAGGCUACAGGAACUCCUAUUUCGGAGUUAUCUAAUGUGCUCUCACAAACCAUCAACAAGCUUAACGAUGAGCUGAUUAUUUCUAACGAAUUAUGGGCUAACGACUUGGAGCUUCGCAAUUAUUUACUAUUAAAGAAAAUCAUUCCUAAGUUGUUAAUUGAUGUGGCAGGCCCAAGUAAUAUUCUGGAAAACAUUCCCGAGUCUUACCUGAAGGCUUUGUUAUCCAGCUAUCUGUCCAGUACUUAUGUUUACACUUAUGGGAUUGAUGUGAACAUUGGCAAGUUUUUGGAAUAUGUAGGCGAGUUAAAAAGGGAAGCUAAGGGCUUCAAUUAA